AUGACAUUUCUCCUCAAUUCUCUCCUCUCCACCCUCUCCUUAUCGGCUGAGGCGUCUUCCAUCGCUGGUCAUCACGUUUCCCCCUCCACUUCUUCUGCUGGUGUCCCUUGGUUCCCUAGUGAAUCCUUUCAAUUGACCGACAGCGUCAUCGCCAACCUCAGCGCUUCUUUCAACCACAACCAGUCGCAUCUUUUCGACUUUGCUCACGAUCACCACCCUCCCUCCAAUCGUUCCACGGGCGCGUGCAAAGUCUUUCCUGGUGAUGCUCACUGGCCUUCUCCCUCUACUUGGUCCCUUUUCGACCGUCUUGUAGGCGGUUCUCUCAUCAAAACUGCCCCCCUUGCUGCUCCGUGCUAUUCUUCAUGGCCUGAAUAUGAUGCGGCAGAAUGUAAAGCCAUCGCAUCCAAUUGGACUAUCUCCUACCUACACGAUGCCGAUCCUGCCUCGGUAAUGUGGCCGCUAUUCGAAGGCAGAAGCUGUCUGCCAACCACCAAUUCUUCAGGCUCCUGCACUGUCGGCGGAUACAGCAGUUAUGCCGUCAAUGUGAGCACCGUCGCUCAGGUCCAGCUGGCCGUCAACUUUGCCCGUAAUGCUGGCAUCCGUCUGGUAGUCAAGAACACCGGCCAUGAUUUCAAUGGCAAAUCUACUGGCGCUGGUGCCCUGGGCAUCUGGACGCAUAACCUGAAGGAUAUCAAAUACGUCGAGAAAUACCAGACUUCUAGCUAUCACGGCCCCGCUGUCAAGAUGGGUGCUGGUGUUCAGGCGUUCGAGAUCUACGAGAAAGCCAAGGAAAUGGGCUUUACUGCUAUCGGUGGUGAAGGCAAAACUGUCGGUGUCGCCGGUGGUUAUGUCCUUGGUGGCGGUCACUCUCCGAUGUCUAGCAUGUACGGAUUGGCUGCAGAUCAGGUUCUCGCUCUCGAAGUCGUUUUGGCCAACGGUCGCUUUGUGACAAUCACUGAGGAGAGCGAUCCUGAUCUCUUCUGGGCCUUCCGUGGUGGCGGUGGUGGUACCUACGGCGUGGUAACCUCUAUCAUCUCGCGCGUCUACCCCAAGGUUGGAGUAACCGUUUCGACUUUCAACUUUGCUAGUGGGAAGAAUGUCUCCGUUGACACCUUCUGGGCUGGUGUUCGUGCUUAUCUCGACCGUUUCGCUGUCAAUGCUGAUGCUGGCACAUAUGCCUACUUCUGGGUCAUGUCGACCGGCCCCAGCUCGUUCCAUUUCCUGAUGAACCCCUUCUUUGCUGUCAACCACACUGUUGACCAGUUUAACACCCUCAUGCAGCCCUGGUUCAACGAGCUCGAUCGUCUUGGCAUUUCCUACAGCCCCAACUCUACCUACUAUGACAACUUCUACGACGGAUGGGACGCCGGCUUCCCACUCGAAACAGUCGCUUCCUCGACCAUGAUGACGGGAUCGCGCCUCUUUCCCCGGGCUAACUGGGAAGACCCCUCCCUCUUCAACAAGACAUUCGAGGCUCUCCAAUCUACCAUCACUGCCGGCCACCCCCUCCUCGCCUUCAACAUGAAAGCUGACCUUCUCGACAACAUUCCCGAAAACUCGGUUAACCCGGCCUUCCGCAACACUCUCAUGCACGCCAUCACCUCGACGUCCUGGUCCGCCAAUGCCUCCAACACAGAGAUCCGCAAGGAAUUGGACCACUUCACGAAUGACAUUCUGGGCCAGUGGCGCGCUACCUGCCCCGAGGCUGGGGCUUACAUGUCCGAGUCGGAUAUUCUGGAACCUCACUUCCAGCAAGCAUUCUAUGGAACCAAUUACCCUCGUCUCUAUGAGUUUAAGCAAAAGUUUGACCCGUCCGGUCUUUUCUACGCUCCUACAGCCGUGGGAAGUGAGGAUUGGGUGGUCAAGAGCUUGGACAAUCUUCCUGAUCAGAAUGGUCGGUUAUGUCGUCGGGUAUAG